AUGGGCAAGAAAAGACGUGGUCCGACGAUGGACGAGCUCCUGGCUCGUCCAUGGUGCUACUACUGUGAGCGCGACUUCGACGACCUCAAGAUCCUCACCCUGCACCAGAAAGCCAAGCACUUCAAAUGUGAGCGCUGUGGUCGCAGGCUAAAUACUGCUGGUGGUCUAUCGGUGCACAUGAGCCAGGUUCACAAGGAACAGCUCACGGAGAUUGAAAAUGCCCUGCCAAACCGGUCAGGCCUCGAUGUGGAAAUCUUUGGUAUGGAAGGUGUCCCCGAGGAUGUCCUCCAGGCUCAUCAGCAGCGUGUGGCGGCUCAGUACCACCAGGCUGAGGCAGAGCGACAAGCCGUGACUGGUAACCCGCCAUCUGGCAGUGGCGCUGGUGGACAGCCCAACAAAAAGCCCAAGUUGGAGGAUGUCUCCGAUCUCAAGGCACGUUUGGCAGCGCACCGUGCCAAGCGCACCGAGGUUGCUGCUGGUGGCAGCAGUGGAGAGGCGACGCCAUUGGGUGCUGGACAGUCUGCAUCCACUCCAACCUCAUAUGGACAACCAUCAGCCACAGCUUCACCCGCACAGCAACAGCAGCCCCCGGUGCAGCUCACCUACCCUCCGCCUUAUGCAGGCGCCGCUGUCCCUCCCGCUGCUCCCUAUCAACAACAGACCGCAAGCCCCGUUUACCCGGCAUUCUCUCCACCCGUUGCUGCCCCAUAUGCUCCUGCCGUUUAUUCUCCUCAACCAUACCCCGGUCAAUCUGCCGCACUGGGCUAUGGAGCCGCUCCUCCUCAUUUCCCUCAACAACAAACUCCUCCAACAGAUACCAGUCUCCCUCCUCGACCCGGCAGCAUGCCCACACUUGCUGGCCUCCCCCAACGACCUGCAUUUGCCGCACCACCUAUCAACGCGCAACUGAUGCAGCAGAUGCAUAUGGGCCACCCAGCUCCGCCUACACCUGCUCAUACCAAUGGCGACGCCAGACAAUCACCAGGACAGCUAUCUUCAACCGUUGAUGAGCUGAUCUCGAGCGCAGCCAAGGAAGCGGCUGCACCGGAGAAACCAGCUAAGAAAGAUAAGACCAAGAACACUCGGAUGAUUUACUCGGAUGAGAAUACUAGUCCCGAAGAGAAAAUGGCCAAGCUUGCACGAUAUGCAUUCUCACGCCCCGCUUUCCAGCAGGAGACAGCGCUUGGCGAGAUCCCUGCAUCGAUUAUCGUUGGCACGAUCCGCGACCAAGACAAGGUGGUCGAUCCGGCGCAUUAA